GGGACCAAUGGGGCUGAGGGUCUGGUGGGGAAGAAAGGGCCAGUGGGGCCCCAGGGACAUUCAGGGAAGCCUGGCCCAGAGGGCCUCCGAGGGAUCCCAGGCCCCGGGGGUGAGCAAGGGUUAAACGGCCCCCCAGGCCAGACGGGACCCCCUGGACCCAUGGGACCCCCAGGACUGCCAGGUUUGAAAGGAGACCCGGGCAGGAAGGGAGAUAAAGGUCACGGGGGUCUGAUCGGUCUGAUCGGACCUCCAGGAGAGCUGGGAGAGAAGGGAGACAGAGGCCUGCCCGGAAAUCAGGGCACACAAGGAACCAAAGGAGACGGGGGUAAGGGUGGCCUCCCUGGCCCCACCGGCCCCCCAGGACCCCCUGGACUUUCUGGUGCAGUUGGUGAGAGAGGAUCCAAAGGAGACCUGGGCGCCAUCGGACCCCAAGGAGACACUGGCCCCGCCGGAUCCCCCGGACCCCCUGGUCCGCCUGCCACCAUGGUCAGCGCUGCUAUCAGAGACCACGAGGGCCGGAGGAAGAGGAAGAGGCACUCUAGGAUGGUGCAAGAGGCGCACUCCCCUACGAGGAAGUAGAUGAAGAUGGAUCUGGAGCAGGAGGUGUUCCUGCAGGCAGACCAGCCCAUGCUGGAGGAGGCAGAGGGCAUGGAGGAGGUGUUUGCCUCCCUCAUCUCCAUGAAGACAGAGGUGGAGCUGAUGAGGAAGCCCCUGGGGACCUUUGAGAGCCCCGCCCGCACCUGCAAGGAGCUCAUGAUGAUCCAGCAUGGCUACAGAGACGGUGACUACUGGAUCGACCCCAACCAGGGAUGUCACAGGGACUCCAUCAAGGUCUUCUGUAACUUCACCGCUGAGGGAGAGACCUGUCUCUACCCUGACAAGAGGAUGGAAACUGUGAAGCUAGCAGCCUGGAACAAAGAGAAGCCAGGAAGCUGGUUCAGCCAAUACAGGAAAGGCAAACAGUUACAGUACAGUGACUCUGAUGGGAACCCGGUCCACGUGGUCCAGCUGACCUUCCUGAAACUGCUGAGUGCCACGGCCAGACAGAUCUUCACCUACUCCUGCCAGAACUCUGCCGGCUUCGACAGCGCCACCCGCAGCCACCAGCACGCCAUACGCUCGGGCAGCAACGACGAGGAGAUGAGCCAGGCCAAGAGCCCCUUCAUCCAGGCAACACACGACGGAUGCCAGUUCCGUAAGGGACAGGAGCGGACAGUCCUGGAGAUCGACUCCCCCAGAGCAGAGCUGCUGCCAGUCAUAGACGUGGCCCCCUCAGACUUUGGAAGCAGCAACCAAAAGUUUGGCUUCCACGUGGGACCAGUAUGUUACAACGGUUAACUAACGUUGUCUCAACCAACYAAGGAAUGACCGGAACUGACCUGCACAACAACUUACCAAUGAAAGAAACUGAACUUCACUGUUGUUUCCACACGCAAUAUUUAUUAUUAUAUGUCCGUAUAUGUGGUGGGUUUCUGGCAUAUGUUAUAAGACUCUCAACAACCAAUGGCAAGUAGAGGAGCAAAGGCAAGGAGGAACAAAGCACAUUUAUCAAAGGGAAUUCAUCCAAUUAGAUCUAUUUAAUGUGUAGUGUUUUUUUCUUUGUCGUCCUUCUUUUCUUCGCUCACCUUUUGAGUGUGCUGUAAUUAGAUUCGCUAGAAGUAGUCUCUUGUUCCACUUGACAACAACCAAUUUAAAAAGACAGGCAGAUCCCUCCCAUGUUGAGGCAUGGGGUUAGCCUGUCAUCUGUGGUAUGGGUCAGUUGAGUGGCACUGUCUUUUGUCAGGCCUGGGAUGCAGAUGAGAUGAGUUGCUACCUGAGGGAUUGUGAUGAGAGUGGAGUGGAAUUAGCAGGAGACACCAUCUGGCAUUCUCAUUAGCAUGCCUGGAUUGCAGUAGGAUAAUAUCAUAUUGCAGUAUAAGGACAUCAGUUCUUGUUAACUGGGGGUGUACCGCAGAAUCUACGGAUGUAGGAUCUUAAUUUGAGAAAGUUUGCUACAGCAGGAAAAUAAUCAUGCAGCAACAGGAAAUGUGAAUUAUUA